CACUUUGUGUUUUACUCCAGAACCCAGCACCUGCAGUUCCUUGUGCCUCCGUGGCCGUCGCUUAAAUGGAAGGUGCAGGAAGGGACUGCAGAUGCUGGUUUAAACAGUGGACGCUAAAGGCUGGUAAAUGAAACUCCAGCUAAAUGAAAUAUUAUUGCCCUGUUGGGGUUGGGUUUUUUUUUGACUGGGUUUCACUGAAGAAAUGUCCACAAAAUGCUGGAGUAUCUCUGCGGGACAGCAAGCAUAUCUGUGUAGCCAGGGUUGGUUAUUGAGUGCCGAUUUCAAUUGUGAUUCCUAUUGCGUGAAUCACAGGCAGCACAAGAGCUGGGUCUGGGAGAUAGUUUGUAGCCACGGGGGCGUUGUUGAGCUGGGCGAGGCGGCUCUGGAAAAUGCUGCGCUGCGAAACUUUCCAUGCAAGUUUAUUUCCCCCCUACCGUUCAGUUGCAGUGAACUUCCGGGGAUUUUCCUCCGGCACUGGUUGUUGCUUUGAAAGCUUGGUGGUGUUGCCGAGAGGGCGGCGGCUGCUGCUGCUGCUGCCACCGCUACCCUGUCCCCGGGCAACAGCGCACACCGAGCGGCCCCUCUCCUCUCCUCUCCUCUCCUCUCUCCCCAUGCCGUCUGGACACGGGCUCACACACAGCCCCCACUCCACAGGUAUUGUCAUCACAAAAGAACCCGAGUGUGCCUCUGUCCCGGCUGGCUGUCCUGUCACUCUUCAAUGCUCUGCCAUAGGGCCCACCGCACUACAGUACCAAUGGUUUGAAGGCAAGGAGGAGAUUGUCGGGGCCACCCAGUCGGUGCUUGUCAUUGACGCUGAGAAGAGCGGAGUUUAUGUGUGCCGUGUGAAUGACGAACAAAACCAAUGCGUGUUCAGCAACUGGGCAAAGGUCAAAGUUCAUUUUAUCAAAUCUGGGCUACCGCAGAACUGGCAAGGAGAGCUGGUGAUUGGACUGCAGCCUGAACCCAGGAGGGUCAAAGUUGGUCAGAGAGCAUCGCUGAAGUGUGUUGCGUUUGGAAUCCCCGCUCCCUCAUACCAGUGGUACAAAAAUGGCAUGCAGUUACCUCAUCAAAACAAACGAGAAUUGACAAUAGCAGCGACGGAGAUGAGACAUCAUGGGUCGUACCUGUGUGCCGUCACCAAUAACAGAGGCCAGGAGUGCUGGAGCUCAGCAGCUGAUAUCAACGUUGUUGAAAACAUUGGUGUCACAGUCUCGUUACCCUCGCUAAGAGUGAAGGGUUCGUGUGAAUGGAAGGCAGCUGGCAAGCCCACACCAGUCCGUUUGACCCCAGCCACACAUCAAGAUGUCAGACUGAGCGCAACGGAUAAGGUGGCGUUACUGAUUGGGAAUAUGAACUACGUCAACCAUCCCAGACUGGUGGCGACCAUGAUGGAUGUCUUUGAGCUGUCGAAUCUGCUGCAGCAGCUGGACUUCCGGGUGGUUUCCCUGCUGGACUUGACCAAAGAGGAGAUGCAAAGUGCAGUGAAACAGUUCCUUCAACUCCUGGACAACGGUGUGUAUGCUCUCUUCUACUACGCUGGGCACGGCUACGAGAGCUCAGGGCGCAACUACAUGGUGCCGGUCAAUGCUCCCAACCCCUACAGGCCCGAGAGCUGCAUCAAUGUCCAGAAGAUCCUGUGCAGGAUGCAAGAGAAGAACACAGCCCUCAACGUGAUCCUACUGGAUAUGUGCAGGAAAUGGUAUAAUCAGGAAUACCUUCCCUCUGAUCUGCAGCCACUUGCUCCCACUGGGAAUAUUGUUUAUGGAUAUGCAACAUGUGAAGACGCAGAAGCUUAUGAAGUACAAGACGGUGAACACAGCUCAGGCAUCUUCAUGAAGUAUCUUAAGAGGCACAUUCUCAAGAAGGAAAAAGUCACCCAGAUUUUGGAGAAUGUCUCCGAGGACAUGGGGAAGGACCGGCUGAUUACUGGCAAGCAGGUGAUGGAGAUCAGACACACGCUGAAGGAACGCCGCGCUCUGACAGACGAGGUCUGUGCUUCUGGAUACACCGCGCAACUCCAAGUGAGAAAUGAACGUUGGAGCCUGGCCAAUGAGCUGCCCGCAAGGAAGACCAUUCGCUUUCCCUGCGGAGUGGAGAUUGAGCUGAGCUGCAGUGCCGUUUUCUCAAAUGUGAUGACAAUCUAUGUCAACAUCAAAGCGAAACCGUCCCAGGUGUCCGAGUGCAAAGUGUCCCUGCAGAAACCAAAGGAAUUUUCAGAUAGCAUAUCAGACCUCGUUGGAGACUCAUCCCGAAUCGAUUCCCUGCUUUCCUCGCUCGAUGACAACCACCAGUCGGACACAACGUUGAAGCUGUGUGGCCUGCAUAGACUGAAGCAACCAUUGAUCCUACAGAUGACUCUUCGGUACCAAAGCUGUAAGGAAAAGCCAAUGUUGGAAGAAAUAGUAGACGUCAACUUGGGGCUCCCCCUGGUGGCACAGCUGGAGCUCUACAGGACAAUGGCAGCCACACGGGUUGAAGGGGCCAGUGGCAGCUACAACCAAGUCUCUAGUGUGGCAUCCACCAGCACCAUGACCAAGGAUGCAAGCCGGGCCUGUGGGCCACGAAAUCGGAAGGCGUCAAAUAAGCAAGAGGUCGUGCAUUCGGCACGCCAAGCAAGAAGAGCGAAUGAGCCAGAGGAAAAUGAUGAAAGGGAAAUAUCAAAGUGGAGUUCGUAGCACAAUCUCCUUGCAUUGGACUGAAGGAGCAGCUCCUAAGAGUAUAUUGAAUAUUAAAUAUUUGUAGUUAUGCAUUGGACUUUAACUUGUGGCAGAUACUUGCGAUACUGCACAUGGGAUUGCUGGCCAAUUCCUUGUCAGUUCUUGGGGUCUGCAAUUGGUGCUAGAAGUACCAUAUAAGCUUAGCCAGUGUAAUAUUUUAUUGCCCCAAUUUAUAUGAAGGUUCAUUUAGUUGCCAACCUGUUCCAUUAGGUUCUUGGAGCUAGUUAUACCAGCUAAAUAGUUGUUAGUUUUAUGUCACUUGUAAGGCCCUUCCCUAUGUACUGUGGUAAACACUAUCCAUCCACAGCGCCCUCUCACUGAUGCCGAUUGAAUUACACCAACCCCAUCAAAAUUUAUUACAGAAGAAAACCUAACACAAGGUUUACCAGCUCACUUUCUUGAACACUGCCACUCGAAUACGGCUGACUACCCUUUAGCUAUUGCAGAUCUAGGUGCUAGUUUAUCGGCUCAUUUUACUGUAAAUUGCAUACGGCCAGUCUGGUUGAUAAUGGAGAGUAUAUACCUCACCGUUGCCUUAUGUCAUCCUGGUCAGUUCAGCCUGCUUAUAGUCGGCACGGUGGCGCAGCGGUAGAGUUGCUGCCUUACGGUGCUAACAGCACCAGAGACCCGGGUUCGAUCCCGACCACGGGUGCUGUCUGUACAGAGUUUGUACGUCCUCCCCGUGACCCCCUGCGUGGGUUUUCUCCGUGAUCUUCGAUCUUCACAUUCCAAAGACGUACUGGUUUGUAGAUUAAUUGGCUUGGUAUAAAUGUAAAUUGCCCAUAGUGUGAGUAGGAUAGUGUAAGCUGGUCGGCGCGGAGUUGGUGGGCCGAUGGGCCUGUUUCCGUGCUGUAUCUCCAAGCUAAACAUACUUAGCUCAUUUUACACUUUCCCAGCACACAUAAUAAGAACCUGAGGUGAAUGGUUGAGAGAUAAGGACAAGCCAGUUCCCUGUAGGCACUCCUAGUGCAACAAAUCUUUGUACCAAAAGCACUAACACUGAAAAUGAUGGCCAAGCUGAUCAACAUCUGGACAUUAAUUUCACAUAAAUUGCUUAACUGCACAUGAUCUGUGACUGCGCUCUAUAGCCCCACUCUAUAGCCCCACCAGGCUGACAGACAAAGCUGUUCCUCAGUCAGGAGAGGAGCGAGUUCAACUACUCUUGCAAAGUUUUGACAUCACAAAAUGGCCGCACUGUGUUUGAGCAAGUGCAAGCGCACACAACAUCCAAGUUGAGUUCCACAAAUGAUAUUCGGAACACUACUGAUGGGGAACGGUGUGAAUUUACAGGGUGAAGAAAAGUGUUUUUUUUAACAGUAAAAUGAAGAUUAUUUCUCAUCCUUGGACAGCACAAGACAUCAUGCUAAUUUUUGGCCGACGUGCCAAAUUGCAAGAUUGGUGAGAGCAAUAUCAGGCAAUUUGAUGUUUUGUGCAAUAUCAGAUUUUAAAUGAAACCCUUAAAUGUGACUGGGCCCCAGAAUAGAUCUAUUGAAAGCUGUAAAGAUUUCAUUGGUUACACGCUAAUAUAUUCUUAAGUGUUUAUGGAGCACAUCUUUAGAUAUUAAUUAGAUUGUGUUUAUUUUUAAGUCUAUUAUUUUUUUACUAUGGCUGAAGUUCUCAAGUUUUUAUCACCAGAAAGGCUGGAAACCCCUGUUUUCUUAAUGUUCUCAUUUUCCAGUUUGUUGUAAUGGAUGUGUUUGUCUAAGAGUUUGCUAUCGAAAACAAAUGUGAAUGUGAGAAAACUUUUUUAUUGUGGUUGAAGGUUACUGGAGGUGGAUCGGAGAGUCGUAAGCAAGACCUGAUUUCUGUGCAUGAGGAUGAAAUGAUUGGUAGUAAUUCAAAAACCCAUUUUAUACUCUGCAUUGUAAUCCAUCGUGGAGCGGUCCAUCCACUGUGUACCACCUGUUUUAUAUUUUUGUUCUAAAGUCAAGACCAAUGCCAGUAAAUUGAGAGGGUGAGAGAAAAUAAAGAUUGGCAAGAACCCGACUGCAGACGUCAAUUGAGAAGAGUUAGAUGAGUUAUUAGUAGCUGAACUGGUGACCUCAGUGGGUGGAAGCAACCUGGAACAUGCUGCAUGUGUGGGUGGCUAUGGCAGAUAUUCACACUGCACUUAGAAAGUAUCUGGACGGGCACCUGAAUCACGAAUGCAUAAAAGGUUACGGAGCAAGCAGUGUUAAAUGAGAUGCCUGAUAAAUGGUGUAGACAUGUUUGACCAAAGGCUGCUUUCUGUGCUCUUUGAUUCUAUGCGGGAAACACAACAAGUGACUUUAAACAGAAAACAAACGUGAGACCAUGCGGAGGCUUGGCGAUCGUUUCACCGAACACCUCCGCUCGGUCCGCAUUAACCAACCUGACCUCCCGAUGGCUCAGCACUUCACGCCCCCUCCCAUUCCGUAUCCGACCUCUCUGUCCUGGGUCUCCUCCAUGGCCAGAGCGAGCAACACCGGAAAUUGGAGGAGCAGCACCUCAUAUUCCGCUUGGGGAGUCUGCAUCCUAGGGGCAUGAACAUUGAAUUCUCCCAAUUUUGUUAGCCCUUGCUGUCUCCUCCUCUUCCUCAGCCCUCGGGCUCCUCCUCCUCCUUUUUCCUUUCUCCCCACCCCCCCACCCCCCAUCAGUCUGAAGAAGGGUUUCGGCCCGAAACGUUGCCUAUUUCCUUCGCUCCAUAGAUGCUGCUGCACCCGCUGAGUUUCUCCAGCAUUUUUGUGUAACUUCGAAUUUCCAGCAUCUGCAGUUCCUUCUUAAAAACAUGAUAAUAUCAGAUGUGAAUUUGGUGUAUAUGGAAGCCAGCAACGUGUAGUGCAGACGAUAGACACAAAGGUGCUGGAGUAAUUCAACGGGUCAGGCAGCCUCUCUGGAGAAAAAGGAUGGGUUCCAGUCUGAAGAAGGGUUCCAACCCAAAACGUCACUAGUCCUUUAUCUUCAGUGAUUCUGCCUGACCCUUUGAGUUACUCCAGCACUUCAAUAUAAACCAGCAUCUGUAGUUCCUUUCUACACCAAGUAUAAUGCAGGCCAGUUUAAUUCUGUCCGGUUCCCACCAGGACAGUUAGGUUAGCAUUAUGCUCAUGGUUCAACCAAAAGCUCCACUGCUCAGCUGACAUUAUUCCCCAUCUUAAAAACGUGUGAGUUUGCUUAUUUCAUCUCAUUAACUCAAUGGCACCCGCUUUUCAAAUAAAAUGACGUCAAAGUCAAAAUAACGACAAUGUUACGUUGCCGUCCUUGGAACAAUCCCACUAAUUAAAAGCAACCUUGUUAAUGAGAUUCACCAUUAAUGUUUGUCAUCCUGUUUCUAAUCCUCUUUAUAACUGUCUUAUUGUGUCUUUCCUGCUUCCUUCACAACCCCAUCAGUUGCCAUGCCGACAGCAGUCUAUUCCUCAGGGCCUGAAAUUCUCUCCCCGACCCUCUCCUCCAUCCAAUAGGUUCAUUAACACACCUUUGACCAAGCUUUUAUCAUCUAAUACUAACCUUUUUUUUCUGCUUGCUGUUCAGCAUUUCAUCAUUCUACUUUUCUUAACAGUCGGGGAUGUUUUGCUAAAGAUAGCGGAGUCAGGGGAUAUGGGGAGGAGGCAGGAACGGGGUACUGAUUGGGGUUGAUCAGCCAUGAUCACAUUGAAUGGCGGUGCUGGCUCAAAGGGCCGAAUGGCCUUCUCUUGCACCUAUUGUCUAUUGUCAUUAAAAAUGUCGUAUAGUGCUAGUUGCCGAUAUAAACCUUAAUUCAGGCAUGUUAUUCGGGUUUUCAGUUAAACCCUCGCUUGCCAUGAUAGAAACCAUCUUGAGGUGUCAGCUGAGCUCUGUGGGAGCGCACUUGCCUGUGAGUUGGUAGGUUUGGGGUUCAAAUCCCACCAGAGCACUAAACCUGGGUCGGUGCUCCAGUAAAGGUUGAGGGAGGGCUGCUCUGCCUUACACAUGAAGUAUUUUGAAGAUCAGGGGAUAUAUCUCCAAGCCAACAUUAAUCCCACAAACCAUGUUGAUAAAGAACUAAACGUAACUACGCACUGAAGACUGUAAACUGGCUGCCAUGUUGCCUGCACUAUGACAAGGACCAUACCUUAAAAAGGUACUUCACUUAUACGUUGCUGCUUAGACUGAUGAAGAAGGGACACUUAACUGGAGUGACCCAGACUCCGUAAAAGAGUGUGCCAGGAGAUCAGGACCUGAAGGAAAGGAUGGCGGGAAGAACUGUACAGUACAAACACAAUUGGGAAAAAUGCUGGAAAAAAGAAACCAGCUCCUUGAUUUGUCUUUGUUUGAUAUUAAAGUUGUUCUUUGAUAUUAAUAUAUGUUACAUGUUUUACAUGAUGUUGUAUUACUUUAAAUAUAGAGUUAUUUAAUUAUGUGCAGGGUAGAGUUGGAAAUAUUUUGUUCCAGUAAAACCAAGAUAUUAAAAUGCAUCAUUUCAAAA